AAAAUGUCUAAAAAAUCAAAAACAAAUAUUCAAUCAUCAUUACCAUUUGAAAUGCUUGCUGAUAUAUUUAAAUCAGUUAAAUACGCAACUUUAACUAAUAAUACAGCAAAUAAAACAGUAGAAAAAAAAAGAGGAGAAUGGAGUAAAUUUGCUAUAAAAUUAACAACAAGUUCUUCAAUUGUUUAUUCUUUUAUGGGAAAAAUUUUGUUAAAAUAUAAGGUAAUUUAUUUACUUUAA